UGCAGAUGCUCUGAAAGAGGGAAGAAAGGUUCAAUAGAAGAGAGGGCUGGCUUUUCUUCCUCUUGCAUUGUCUGUUUCUUUCCCUUCUGUGGGGCUGGGUGGUUGUCUAUUCAGAAACAUCUCUUGGGGUCUGGGGGAAGGCGGGCUUUUGUUGUAGUGGAGGUGGCAUGGAGGUGUGAGAGGCUGGCAGCAGCCGCUCAGUGCACUUCAAAGCCGGGGAUAAGCAGCAGAGAGCGGCGGGAUGGGCUCUGCUUCCAAUCAGAGUUUCACAGCAGGCUGUCCGCAGAGCGAGGAGGAGCCGGCGGCUCUGUGCCGGGGCAGCGGACUCUGCAAGUGGUUCAACAUGCGGAUGGGCUUCGGCUUCCUCUCCAUGAGCAGCAGGGACGGAGCUCCUCUGGAGGAGCCGCUCGACGUGUUCGUCCACCAGAGCAAACUGCACAUGGAGGGCUUCCGCAGCCUCAGAGAAGGCGAGGCCGUGGAGUUCACCUUUAAGAAAUCAUCUAAAGGGCUGGAGUCUGUCCGGGUCACUGGGCCCAAUGGAGCACCAUGUCUCGGCAGCGAGAGAAGACCAAAGAGCGCCCAGAAACAACGCUCCAAGGGUGACCGAUGCUACAACUGUGGAGGACCCGGCCAUCAUGCCAAAGAGUGUCAGCUGCCCCCUCAGCCCAAAAAGUGCCAUUUUUGUCAGAGUGUUUCCCACAUGGUGGCCAACUGUCCGGUCAAAGCACAGCAGCAGCGUUCGUCUCCAGGCUCUCAGGGAACAGCUACCUCACGGAGGGACGAGGAAGAGGAGCACAGCCAGGCCACCCUCUCUGAAAACUCCGAGUGAAUGAUAGAGGGAGACUGUGAGAUUUUUCACUGGAACACCGCUUAAGAGCUACCUCAGGUUUUAUUUAUUGAGCGGCAGAAUAGGAGUCAUCACCAUGGUACUGAUGGCAGAUGCUCUCAGUACCACGCUACGCUGACAGGCAUGUCCACUUUGAAAUUGUUUUCUUUUCCCUUUGUGUUGUUUUUCUGCCUUGUAUAAGUGUCUUAGCUUUGGAA